UUUAAGUUCAAUUCUCAACUAAACUGAUCGUCUUUCACUGCCCUCAGCCUCCCUUGUUUAGAAGUAGAGUUGUUUCGUCAUUUAAAAAACCCAAAAUUUAGUUGUAAACACCAGAGGCGGACCCCCUAACUAACAUGAGAAGAGAUUUCGGAGAUAGCGAUGAUUGAAGGAUUGCCUGCAACUUGGCCAAAAACGGCAGAAGAAAUCUUUAUUGAUUUCAGAGGAAGACGCGCUGGUUUAAUCAAGGCUCUCACUACUGACGUUCGACAGUUAUAUCAGCUAUGCGAUCCUGGGAAGGAUCUCUUGUGUCUGUAUGGACAUCCAAAUGAAACAUGGAAAGUUGGUCCACCGGCUGAAGAGGUACCUGCGAAUAUUCCUGAGCCCAGACUAGGUAUUAACAAAGCUAGGGAUGGCGCGCCGGCAAAAGAUUGGCUAACAGUGAUUGCACUUCACUGUGAUUCGUGGCUAAUUUCUGUAGCAUUUUACUUUGGUUCUUUUUCUGAGAUUAAGAAAAUUGACAGGGAUAAGCUAUUUCAGAUGAUAAACGAUUUGCCUACCGUCUUGGAAGUUGUGCUUGGGAAUUCUAAGCGACCAAAUGAUUAUUUCGGUACUCAUAACAUCAGCAGUAAAAUUAAAUCUAGUAGAAAGUCACGACAGCCCAAGAACCACACUAGUAAGUCUAUGAAAAUGACUAUGGCACCAAAGGAACACGAGACUGGGGUGGAAUUAUAUGAAGGGUUAACACUAUGUGGUGCAUGCGGCAAGAAGGAUGGUCCUGGUGAGUUUUGGAUUUGCUGUGAUACAUGCGAUAAAUGGUUCCACGCUCUAUGUGUAGGAAUCACACUAGCAGAAGCCGAACAUAUCCUGCAUUAUGAAUGCCCACGCUGCAGUAGAAAACGAACACGACAUUGAGAAGUUGUGGUAGGAAGAAGCAAGUUCAUCAAGUUACGGUUUGUACAGCUUAUUGUUCAAAAAUCUAAGUUCAAGAUCUUGUUGACAUUUAUUUCAAUUCACUGCUAAGAUCAAACGGGGUCAGCAGUAAUAUAGAAACACUAUAAUUCUU